AUGGCGAUCUGGCCGUUCGGUCGCAAAAACAAGCGCCACACCAUUCAGGUGAGCGCCGACGAGGCCAGCGUGCUCCGGCAUGCUCUGGAUGAGCAUGAGCCCGAUGCGCCCGUUCCCGUCGCCGAACCAACCUUGGGUCGUAAACCUUCCCGCCGGGUUUCCAUUCGCCACAAUAGACGGUGGUCGCGUAGUGGUGAUGGCUCUGAUAGCCAAGGGCAGACGACCUCAUCGCAGCGUCCGAUCUCCUCGAUCGAUCACCGCCGCCUAUCUGAGGUAGAACAUGACCGCGCUGGACCAGAACAGACCUACCCGCGACCGCUGUCAAGGACAGGGUCGUUAUUGAAGAGACGGCAGAAUCAAACCGGACCCAACAAACUUCGCAAAAGCAAGCGACAGACCCAUGAGAUCCUCCGCGAACGCGAGAUUAAGCUAUUGUCAUCAACUCCCAUCGAUAUCCCACGCCGAUCAACUCAGCCCCCGGGCGGCGACUAUGCGCUAGAAAACCGACGACGGAGGGCAAAUGGACGCGCUGAUCGCUACAUGUCCGAUGUGAGUCUGUCGAUACGGGACUCGGCAGCAUCCUCCAUCUCAGACAUUUCCGAUCCUUUUACCUACAAGGUCAACGCAUUUGCUGCGUUGACACCUCGUCCCGUCGUACGUUAUGUCGAAACACCCCGUGUGCCCACUGCGCGAAGCAAUAAUCCCUCGGCAGCCGCGGGCCGACCCGAUGGGGAUAGACAGCCGACUCGGACUGCCUCUGGGGACGAUUUGUACUACUCCAGGCGACGUGUGAAUGAACUGGCGGAUUCUCUGGAUGCCAGUACUCUGCGAGAAUUGCUCGAGCGUGAUCGUCGUCGUCGGGAGAAGAAACAAAUCGAAGACCAAGAAAGGCUACGUCGCAAGCUGCAGGAACGUGCCGAUGCGCAAGCCGCGGAAGAGCGCCAGCGAGCGAUCGAAGAGACCCGGAAGGCCCAGGAGGUGGAGCCCGAAUUAGCCACGGCCGUCGAAGCUCCUAAUGUUGUUGACAGUCAGGAUGUCAUUAUGGAGGAGGCCAUCGCUGAGGAGCCCGAAGACGCAGCACUCGCAGAACACUCUGGUACAUGGCUGCAGGAUGAGUCCAAGGCCAGUGAGGAUGCCGGGCGUGAGUCGCUUGAAAGCGUCCAUGUUAUUGGAAAUAUCGAUGACAGCUCGAUUCGUGAGCCCAAGCUGGCCGCGCGAUCUAGCUUUGCUCCCUCGCAUGAGAUGGGCAUGUCUCGAACUACCCUCUCUCCAUCUCAGUCAUCCCUUCGACACGGAAUCAGCAGCCCUAGUCACUCGCAAACCUUUGGCCUUGGUUCUACCUCCGACCUCUCUGAGCGCCGUCCGUCCGAUACUAGUGGUCCCCGGGGAGGCAACACCAUCACCUCUCUCUUCCGACGUGGUUCUUCCCGUAUCAAGCGACGGUACAAGGAGCGUUUCCACGAUUCUAGCCCCGAUGUCUCUAUUGCCUCGCAUGAAUCUUUCUAUCGGAUUCAAACUCAGUCCUCGCCUCCACCACCCUCUCUUGUCCCUCCCCGAGCUUUCAUUCCUACCGGCACUGUGAAACGUUCGCACUCCAAAUUCACGGAGCACUUUGGCGAUGAGCCCAUGUCCCCUCCGGACUCGCGUCUCCAGUCCCCUGAUAUCCCCGAGGAAGUGCCGGAGUCUUCGCUUGAAAAUCAAGAAGGCAGCACUUUCUUGCACGGCCCAACUCCUACCUUUGUGGGCGUUAAUAUUGUGAACCCGAAGAAUCGCCGCCAUCUCUCUUCUGGUGAUAGCUUCGACGCCGAGUCUGACAAUGUUCCCCUUUCUCAGUCCUUGGCAUCUAUCGACUCGGAAGGAUCAUGGAUGUCGGGACAGUUCUUCCGCCGGAUGUCCCAGAAGGCUCCGAGCAGCCCUGUCCGUACCAUGACAUCGUUCGGCGCCGCAAUGGACAGCCCAGUCGACGCGCUCGAUGAUGCCCGUGACUCCAUCGACUCUCGUAGAGCCAGCAGCAAUGUCAUGGGCGAGCCGGAGCUACUGGAAAACGAGGUUGUUUCGGCGACUGAUGCCACCAAGACGGCGGAGACCUGGCACCACAGCGAGGUCGGCCGCCGGCCAGUCUUGGUCAAUCCCAGCUCUCGUCCCAAGUCUACGGCUGCCAUGCUCAAGACCUUCCCUUCAUUGUCUCCCAUAUCUCCCGAGGAGGACUAUAUCGAGGAGGCUGAAGCCGAGGACAAGGUGACCAAUCGUCCUCCACCGCAGCGCGUGGCUAGUGUCCACGGUAUUAUCUGCAAUGCCGAGGAUGAUUGA